GGACCUACGAAGCACGUUCAGUCAGUUACUAAAAGAGAUCCGGGAGGCUGAGAGGUGGGCGCUUCUACGCGUGUUGGCCGCCCGGCGGCUUGUGAAGUUCCAGCCUCAUGGCGGAGAUAAUUCAGGAACGCAUAGAAGAUCGAAUCCCGGAGUUGGAACAGCUGGAGCGCAUCGGGCUCUUCAGCCGCGCGGAAAUUAAGGCUAUCAUCAAAAAGGCGUCUGAUCUAGAAUACAAAAUACAGCGGAGAACCCUUAUCAAGGAAGACUUUAUCAAUUAUGUUCAAUAUGAAAUUAAUCUUUUGGAGCUGAUCCAGAGGAGAAGAGCAAGAAUUAAAUAUUCAUUUAAGAAGGAUGAGAUUGAGUAUUCUAUUGUACAUCGAGUACAAGGUAUCUUUGGUCGUGCUUCAGCAAAGUGGAAAGUAAGUGGUCAGCCCAUACCUGAGGAGGCGUCUAAACUGUCUGGCCCGGUUGAGACCGGCCUGACAGACAUGACACACAUGACGGACACGACACGCGUGGUAAACACGAUACACGCGGGGAAAAUGGCACACAUGACAAAUACGACAUGCGCACCAAAUCCAGCACGAUUGCCAAACCUGGCACCUUUGUGGAUUAUGGCAGCCAAAUGGGAAAUGGAAGAUCGUUUGUCUUCAGAAAGUGCCAGACAGUUAUUUCUUCGGGCUCUACGAUUUCAUCCUGAGUGUCCUAAACUCUAUCAAGAAUACUUUAGGAUGGAGCUGAUGCAUGCUGAGAAACUGAGGAAGGAAAAGGAGGAGUUUGAAAAGGCUGCCAUGGAGAUGGGGAGUUUUGAUCAUCCUGAAGAAAUCCUUGAGGGCGAGUUGGCACGGAUCAUUUACAAAAAUUCUGUAAGCAAGAUUAAAGGUGCAGAAUUUCAUGUGUCACUUCUUUCAAUUGCACAACUUUUUGAUUUUGCCAAAGAUCUACAAAAAGAAAUUUAUGAUGACCUUCAAGCUCUGCACACCGAUGACCCACUCACUUGGGAUUAUGUGGCACGGCGAGAAUUAGAGAUCGAGUCCCAGCCAGGUGAAGAGCAGCCUGUAUCAAAGCAAGCCAAAGCCGUGGAAGUGGGCCGAAGGGAGGAAAGGUGCUGUGCAGUGUACGAAGAGGCAGUGAAGACUCUGCCUACAGAGGCCAUGUGGAAGUGUUACAUCAACUUUUGUUUGGAAAGGUUUUCUAAGAAGACCAGUAGCGUACCCCUCAGAGGACAGAGGCUGGAAAGAACCAUGCUUGCAUUCAGGAAGGCCCAUGAACUGAAGCUCCUUUCUGAAGCCCAGUACAAGCAGUGGGUUGACUUGUUGCUGCGACAGGACCUCUUUAAAGAAGCUUUGCAGGUGGCAGAAGCUGGGACUGACUUGUUCAAAGACUCUGCAACAAUGUGGCAGAUGAAGCUACAGGUGCUCAUUGGGUCAAAGAGCCCAGAUGUAGCUAUGCAUUUUGAAGAAGCCUUUGCACACCUCAAACCCCAGACUUGUCUGCCCUUGUGGAUUUCUUGGGCCGAGUGGAGUGAAAGUGCUAAAAGCCAGGAGGACACUGACGCAAUCUUUAAGAGAGCUAUUUCAGCUGUCACAGGUGCCAGUUCAAUAACUCUGAAGGAGAAAUACCUGGAUUGGGCUUAUCGAAGUGGUGGCUACAAAAAGUCCAGAACAGUGUUUAAAAGUCUGCAGGAAAGCCGCCCGUUUUCAGUUGAUUUUUUCAGGAAAAUGAUACAGUUUGAAAAGGAGCAGGACCCCUGCAAGAUGGCAAACCUGCGGGAAUAUUAUGAGAGGGCGCUGAGAGAGUUCGGCUCUACUGAUUCUGAUCUUUGGAUGGAUUACAUCAAAGAAGAAUUGAACCACCCCUUCGGUAGACCUGAGAACUGUGGACAGAUCUAUUGGCGAGCCAUGAAAAUGUUACAGGGACAGUCAGCGGAGCUGUUUGUAGCUAAACAUGCCAUGCAUCAGGCUGGCCACUAGCGAAGAGUACUACCAAUUCAGUGAAAUUGUAUUGCAAGCCCCUGGGGUGGUUUGUAAUAUGAGUCGGUGUAUGAAUUGUUGAGACGUGGCAGACAGGGUAACUGAUUGAUUUUGUGACAUACUUUAAUUUGGCAUUACUCUUUGGUUCCAGAGAAGAGAACUGUCACUGCCUGUUAAAUCUAAAAUACAUGGAGAUCAUAUGCUUGAGUUUCAUUUCUUGUUCCAGGACAAGCACACACUGCUCUAAUCCAGACUAGGUAUGAUGGAGCCAGUUCAAAUGCACAAGAAAGUAUAGCUUUGUAUGCUCUCUCCUUAUUGUGAGAGCCUGAAUAUCCGGGAGACAGGAGGGACUAGGGCAGUGCAGAAAGCCAUCUGUAAUCCAAAUGAGGUUGAAUCUAAGUGACUUGAUUUCCUGUAUCAAGAUUGGAUUUGUAUGUAUACAUUGUACAUAUUUGUACAUUCAAGAAAUAUGGGCCUUCCUUCACCUGCAGGAAAGAAGGGAGACUGGGGUGAGGAACAGAGGAGGUGGUGCUGGGUGUGGGGGAGUUGUCCUUUAAGAAGAUUAAAGUAAUGCAGAAAAUGAUUUACCCCAAGGAUUGACAGCCAGGAGGAGGCCCAGAAACAAAAGGGCAGGCUGGGGAGUGGAGAAGUGCCCCAUUGCCCCCGUGGGGGAGAUGGAGGGAUGGCAGGGUGGCUUGGAACAAAGGAGGGCAUUUGGGGAGCAGGGAAGGAAAUUGCUUGAAAUAAAUCCUUUCACUUAUUUUGAUCCUGGGGAUAGAACCUAAAUCUUUAUGCAUCUGAGGCAAGUGCUUUCCCAUUGAGACAGCUCCUCAGCCUUCUUUUUUAAUUUUCUGUUUUGAGCUGGUCUAAGUUCUUACUGGCCUUGAACUUUCAAUCCUCCUGCCUCAGCCUCUCAAGUAGCUGAGAUUACAGGCCUGAAUCACUAGAUCUGGCUUUAACUUAGCGUUUUGAUAUCACUGGGAAAGUAUUCAGAACAAGAUACUUAAUAUUAAGCCUUAAUUAAUAUUACAUUAUUUCUCAUGCUAUUAAAUGAACUUAAAAAACA